AUGAUUUUCUUGAUAUUUCUCGUCAUUAUCGCUUUGUGGCUUUUUGAGCAAAUGUAUUGGAGACGAAGGAAAUUGCCGCCAGGUCCAAUGCCAUGGCCUCUUGUCGGGAAUAUCCCACAUGUUUUUGCAAAACAACCCGGCUUUGAUGCUUAUCUUGAUUGGGAGAAAGAAUACGGACCUGUGCAUACUUAUUAUUUAGGUAAUAUGGCUUGUGUGGCAAUCACGGACUAUGAUCUCCUCAAGAAAUAUAUUGUGAAUCAAGGAGAGAAAUUCAGUGAUCGAUAUCAUAUGCAAGAGUUCAUUGAUAUGUAUAGAGGCGGUAACUAUGGUAUAAUCGAGGCAGAUGGAGAUUUCUGGGUGAAACAGAGACGCUUUGCCAUCUCAACGUUACGCGAUUUUGGAAUGGGCAAAAAUAUUAUGGAACAAAGGGUAUGUGAAGAGAUCGAUCACAUGUUCAAGAUGAUCGAGAAAAGCGGCAAUAAGUUGACGGCUCGUCGCCUUUUUACGAUCGGUGUCGGGAAUAUCAUCAACUCGGUGCUUUUCGGGUAUCGAUAUGAUGAGAACAACGAGCAUGAGUUGUGGAAAAUUCGUGACGCUUUAAUGCGACAACAAACAGAAUUCAUCGGAGUACGGGGGAUGAUCGUUUUUCAUAUACCGUUUAUGAGGAGAAUCCCUGGAUUUAGUGGUUUUUGGGAGCGUUUGGAGGUCUACCGUGACGAAUUUUUCGGCUUUUUCCAGAAACAAAUCGAUGAUCAUUUGAAAGAGAUCGAUUUUGAGUGUGAGGAAAGCAAUGAUAUCAUGGAGGUUUAUUUGAAAGAACAGAGAAAACACCGAAAUGAGCCGGAUGAAGGCGGUUAUUCCGAAAUUCAACUACGGAAUAUCGUUUUUGACAUUUGGAUUGCAGGACUGGAAACAACAACCACAACUCUAAUGUGGGGUAUCAAUUUCCUUUUAAAUCACGAAGGAAUUAUGGAAAAGAUGCAAAAAGAAUUGGAUCGAGUUGUUGGACAUGAGAGAAAAGUGGAAAUGAAUGAUAAAAAUCAACUUCAUUAUUGUCAAGCUGUCGUCAGUGAAAUUCAACGUUUCCUCAACUUGUUGCCACAAAAUUUGUUCCGUAUCGCGACAGAGGAUGUACAAAUUGAAGAGUAUUUUAUCGAAAAGGGAACAAUUAUCAUUCCACAGAUCAGUUGUGUCAUGUACAAUGAAAAGAUUUUCCCGGAAGCUCGUAAAUUUAAACCCGAACGUUUCCUAAACGAAGAUGGAACCUAUAAAAAGUAUCAAGAAUUGAUCCCAUUCUCGCUCGGGAAACGUCAAUGCGCCGGUGAGGGAUUGGCUCGAUUAGAGCUCUUCCUCUUUUUCACCAAUCUCAUUCACAGAUAUGAGAUCACCUCCGACGAGAAACCAACAAUGGAGCGAAGUUUCAAAACCCUCAUCCACACUCCUGACUUCACAUGCAAUUUUAAACCCCGUUUC